GUUGCAAGCCAACUCGAACGCGAACGUGGUUGGACGGCCCAGCAACAAAAAAAAGAAGCACGUAUCAUCAACAGUCGCACAGUAACUUGCGACUGAAUUCACGAUAAUCGGCAAAAAUAUCACAAAAAAUAUCAAAAACAAAUAUCCUUUUUGCGAUAUUUGUAAUCAACAAUCAUAGUUAGUUUCGUGUCGGUUCGGAGUUGCCGUCCGUGUGCGUAGGUGUCAGUCGCGUGACAUGUAAAAUGUAAACGCGAAACAACAACAACAACAACAAAGGCUAAACAACCAAACGCCAAAAACCUGAUUUUGUGCGCACGGCCAGCCGUAAAUCAAUUUAACAAUAUCAAUUCGCUCGUAAAACCGUUUGAAAAAACACACAUAAAUGAAUAUAUCCAUAUGCAGCUGAAGUGUUAAUCGAAAGAAAACAAUAAAGUUGAUGAACAAACAGCAGAAGCAACAAAAACGGGAAAGGCUUGCAAGUUGCAACUACCAACAUGUGAGGCAAGGCAAGUUGAAAUGUUAGCUCAGCCCCUCGAAAAGAUGGCCGCCAGGAUGUGCAGCAUCGUCGUUUCCAUCAUCUAGCUGCCCCGCUGCUGCAUUCACCGAGCUCACACAGAUACUUCUACAGAUACAGAUACAGAUACACACUUACACACACAUAGAUACUAACACCUACACACACACACAUACCAAUGCAGCUGACAGCCAGACGCUCGCACACAAAUGCAAGCAUCUCUUAAAGAACCCAUGUCAAUUUCAUCCUGGAAUACCAGUUCUGCGGCACUACCCUCGAAGCCCACCAAGAAUCAUUCGUCUGUUGAUCCUCAUAAAUCACUGGGACAGACAGGUGGAGCUCCGGCGGGCGCCCAUCACGGCCACCACCUGGCGGCUGGGGCGCGCAAGGCCAAGCUGCGGCGCUUCAACUCCCACGACACCAGCUCCAACAUGUUCUCGGUGGCGGAGUUCGAGAACGCCCGUCUGGCCCGCCGCAACGAGAUCGAGAACCAGCGGCUGGCACGACGCCUGCGCAACUUUGCCAACAGCAGCUGCUACGGGGGCUUGGGAUCAGGCGCUAGUGCUGGCGGGACUGGAGGCGGCGGCGGCGGAUAUUCCGGCUUCAAAGGCGGCCUGAACGGUAGCGGAGACUACUCUACCGGCGACAGCAAGGCCUCCAAGGGCAGCAGCGAGUCGCAGCAGGAAGCUUUACCCGCCGAUGUAUUCCUCGAGCGGCACUCUCUGCCCCGUGUCGUGCGCAUCUUGCUGGCCAGCAAGAGCUCCAACGAAACCCUGCAGUCCAGUUCGUCGCACGGCUCCUCCACGGCCGCCUCGAGCAGCUCGUCCACAGGAACAAAGCCGGCGGGCACCACCACUUCCAGUGGCAACACAGACACCGGCACCGGCACCCAUUCAUCGUCCAGCGGGGGAAGUGCCUCCGGAACUGGAACCGGAACUGGCCCUGGCUUUGCUCCCGGCCAGAAAAUGCACAGCACCAGACACAGCAGCAGCAGCAACGGUGGAGGCACACCACCCGGCCACGACGAGCUCUUUCUGCUGUACAGGCAGGUGCGGCAGCGGAACAUCUACCAUGGACACAACGCCAAGUCGCAGGCGUCGCAGCGCAAGAAGAGUGUGCUCAUACCGCAGGAGUUUCCGGGUUACUUUUCGAUGCUGAACGAAAAGGGCAUGCCGACGGCCACCCAGUACGGAUCCUUGAUGCAACUGGUACGCGAACGUGUUUACAAGUUCAUGUCGGUGGACAACAUGCCGGCAUUCACGGAAUCAUCGCCCAGCAGCGCCAGCAGCCCCACCCACGAGGGAUGCCUGCCAGUGGCCAAGGGUCGUCCCCAAUAUGUGAAGACGACCGCCCGGGGCGGUCAGGUGUUUCGGCUGCUGGCCGUGUUCGAGGACGGCAAGCAGGAGCCGGGCCAGAUUCACAUGUCGCAGCACGGAAACGUGAAUGUGUCCAAGUCGGGGGGCUACAUGGGCCGGGAGAAGGAGAAGAAUCGAUAUGCCCAGCUGCUGAACGAAAAUCGGCAGGUUAUGUACGUGCCCCUGUCCACCAAGGGCAAGUUUUACGAAAUCGAGCCGGGCAUUCCACAGCUACUGCAAAAGCUGGGUGAAUCGCAGCGCAAACUGAAUCCCGAGUGCGUUCACCGGUUGGGUGCACUGGUGGCGGCGGCCAAGCAGUUGCCGCUGACUCUGCGCUACAUCUCUGGACCCGGCGGCUCCGACAUUCCCGAGCAGUUGUGCGUCAGUCAAGUGAGCAAGGAGGACGUGGUGGUGGGCUGCUCCAUCGAGGACAUCGACAACCAGACACCAUUGCAGCUGAGGAAGUUCUAUCCCAGCCGGGACAUGCAGCUGGUCAAGAGCUACCUGGGCUUUGAUUCCGAGCAGCGGAUGCUGGCCAACACGAAUGUCCAGAACAUGCUCAAGUUUUGCCAGUUCAACUGCGACCAGUUCUUGAAGCUGGUGGAGAUCGAGUUGAUCCAGCGUUCCGAGCGCUCGGGCAGCAAGAGCCGAGAGGGCUUGCGAAUCCUGAAACCGCUGCAUCUGCCCAAAAUUCUGAGGCGCGAGAAGAGCAGCAUGGCAGCUGCUCACGAGAAGGAGGACUCCAUCAUCUUUCUGAGCAAAACGGAUCUGGAGAACAUGGAAGCCAAGGAGGCUGCGGCUACAGCGGCGGCAGCUGCCGCUCAUUCCGACACCGGCAUCAAUCGCAUCUCGGACCGCAUGAAGGUGUUCCAGUCUACGAAGAAGAAGUGGUUCGGAAAGCACCACCAGCAGCAGCUACCGGCCACGGAGAAAGUGGCCACCGAUCUGGACCUCGACGAGCAGGCGAAGCGGAUGAGCAUGGAGCGGUACACCGACAUGUCAAAGCUGUUGCAGGAGCGAUUUGGAGCAGAUCCGGAGCAGCCAGACCAGGACGGUGUCUCGCUAAACAGCACUGGAGCGUCGGACACCGAGACCACGACCCUGACUACCAUGGAGCCCAAGUCGCUGGAUACUUUGCUGCAAAAAUCGAUGUCCUUGCAGGACAUUGAACUGUUGAACGGGCAGCGCAAGCCGCGUCCCGAUCUGCUGGCGAGCCAUAAUCACUCGGAUGCUAUCAGCGAGGCGGGCACUGAGCUGGAGGAUGUGGAGAAUCAGACGCCGCCGCCGCAGUCCUUCAUUACGGAGAAGCUCUACAACGAGUUCCACGUGAAGACUCGUCAGUACAGCAAGUCGUCCUCCAGCCUGCACCAGCUGCGUCACUUCUCGUUGCCGCAGAAACUGCAGCUUCACGAAGCGGAAAAGGAGAAGCGCCAUCUGAUGGAGCUCAAGGCCCAGCAGCAGUCGCAGGCCAAGCAGCCGGUGACUGGGCGUCGAGCAGCAGGCGGAGUCUGCCUCUUGGCAGGUGGUUUGAGCUAUCAGACCCCCGUGGCUUCGUCCUUUUAUCUGGGGGAGGACGACUUGCCCUAUUCGAGUGUACGCGACUCGUUGGUGAUCUCUGGCGAUGGAUGCCUGCGAUCGGAGGCAGCCGCUAGGCCUGUCAACGCCGUGGACUACACGAAGGAGAACAUCUACGCGGAGAUAUGUCCUUCGCACACCGUCGACACGUUCUCGGGUGCCACGCAACUGACCCAUGUGCUGGACGACGACGGCGACUACGCAUCUCUCAAGUAUCCGGCCAGCGGACCCCAGUCCGUCAGCCGCAUCGAGGUGAACGGAGCAGCGGCGGGAAAGAACAGCGCUAUUAGCUACCACACCGUGUACCUGGGGGAGGAGCCGCUGGGCGAGAGGCACGCUGCCCACAUCACCACUGUGGAGCUGGCCGGGGAGGAUAACAUAUACAAUACGCUCAAAUGAUGACUCAUGUGAUUUCGGCGACGUAAGUUAGCCGGUGCCAAGGGCCUGUUUUAAGUAUUGUCAUCGGUCGAAGGGCGAGCUAGGAGGAUCUGAAUGGAAGUCAGCGCAAAGACCUUUUUUUGUCAGUUGUUUCUAAAACAAAAAUGUAUUCUUAAUUUUACUUUUUUUUUUCAAUCUGCUGUCACUUGGCCAAAGCAGUAUAACAAUUAUUUUAGGAAGUGUGUCGAUAGCAGUCGAAAAUUUAGGAACAAGUAUACAUCAUAGUUUGAUUGCGUUAUGCAUUCGACCAUUUAGUUUCAUAUAGAGUCUAAAUUCUAGACAACUAAGGAAAGAAGAGAAAAAUACAUAAUAUUCCCCUAAGCGGGACUAGAUCUAGUUAGAAAUUCGUGGCUAGUCUUACUAAACAUUACACUGAGCGAGCAGUUGCCGACACGAAAAUGAAAUGAAUUUAUGUUUGUAAUUUUAAGCAGAAAGUGUUUAAGAUCCUGGGCCCUUCGACCUUGACCUACUGGAGCUUGGCGAAAUGUUUAACAAUUCAAAUACAAUUUAUGAUAUAUCAUGUGGCGCUAAAGCACAAACGCAGACACAAAUGUAGAGACAACUAUUUUCUAUUUCAUUUCGGAGAAAAAAAUCUACCAAACACAACUUUAUGAGUAACUCGAAGAGAAUUUGAAUCUGGUUAACAAACGCUUAGACCCAUAAACGGAAUUACAAAUCUCUGUAAUAACAUUAUUAAUUCGAACAUAUAUACUUGUAGUGCGUAGAGUUAAGAUAUGAAACGGCGUUGUAAAUGGAGACGUCCCAGUGGGCGACGAAAAACCCCUAGAAAUGACAACUGAAAUUGUAAUAUUAACCAAGUGAAGACAAGCAAUUUGUAUUGUACAUAAUCUACUAUAUUUAGGUGGAUCUAUUGCACCACCAGUCCCCUGACCCAAAAACAAUACAAAACCAAUACAUAAUUAAACUGAAACAUUUGGAAAUUGCAAUAUUAUACAAUUGUAUACAUUAUAUAUAUAUUAGAAUAGCUAUACUUAUACACACAUAUAUACUUACUUAUAGAUACGAUUACGAUUUGGAAAUCUUAGUGCAAACCUAAGGUAUUAUUAGCUCGUAGGCAAUCAACAAGUCAAAUCAAAUCAUAAGCGAUAUACAUCUUUAUAUGCAUAUAUAUACUGUAUAUUUGUAACAUAGCAUCAUCUUUUAGGGCAGUAUGCCAAACUUUUACACGAUCUCUCGUCAUUUGUCGUCCUUUUUUGGAAAAACACAACCCAUUGACUUGGUUUUGUUGGGUUCACUUCAGUUGUUUGUUGUACCCGCCCGGCAAUUCUAAGUUGAGCAAACAAACCGAUUACAUUAAAGUGCGGGCAUGUCCACAUCCACAACACAUUGUAAAUAUUUUAACGUGUCUGUUCGUCCGCGUCGCUGAAAGUCCACAAGCCAGCCAUUUUGCAGUGGAGUGGAGUGGAGUGCUUUCCCCCCAAAUAACACACAUAAUGGAUUAUAAUACCAAUAAAAUAUUCGUAGGAAACUAUACAUAUAUCGAGCCGUCUCGAGCCAUAUAUAAAUGCAGUCUCAAAGUAGAGUUUUUUAGUCAUUAAGAUCCAGUUGUUUCUAGUCUUAAUUUGAUGGCGAAUACGCAUAAUUUUCAAUCGACAUGCCGAACUUUUACUUUGUAUCGAAUCGACUUCGGUUGCCCGGAGGAUUCUUCAAUAUAUACACUUUCAAUUGGGUACUACUUAAAUAAAUAUUUAGCAUGAAUUUAUGAUUUUUAUUUUAUUUCGUUUGUUAUUGUAAUCAAUACAGAAAAUAAUAUUUGAUUUGAAACGGA